AAACUGGCUGUAAAGGCAGGGUUGACGGAAGUCCUUCCCGAGGGGUGGAGCAGUAUAGUAGUUGGGUUUGGAGCCGCGGACUCUGCUGGGCUCAGGGAUUCCCGGGAAGGGAUGGGAGCGCCGUUUUGACUGAAGUUGAACGGGGCGACUGGAAGGAAGAUGAAAACUGGCUGAAGGGAAUUGGGGGAGCCGUGAAGAAGGAAGGAGGGCUCUGCUCGAGGGGAUGGCGUGGCCAGCGGUUGGGGGAAACCCAAGGGGUGGCUUCGGGAAUAAGGAGAAAGACGGAGCCUGAUGCGGGCUGCGUGGAAAACGGAGGGGGGCGUAAUCGGAGAAAGGAAACAGGACUAAGCGAGAUUCGGGGGUUCCGUGGGCCGCGGGAGACCUCCAUUAAUGAUAGGUUGUGUGGGCAACCCGGAAGUUUGGGUUGACCCUCUCCGAGUAUCACAGGAGGUUAGACUUACAUGAUAGAGGUGCAGUCGAGGAGCCAGACGGAGCAGUCUGGGAGGCUGUGCUCCACUUACCCAGUCUGAGUGACCCAGUUUAAGCCCCGCACCUGUCUGAAUUUGAGUUUACUCUUCUGUAAAUGGGAGUAACAGUCAUACACAGGCACAAGAUUUCCGUGAUGGUUGAGUUAGAGGAGAUGCUGUGUGUGCUAUUACGCCCAGUGAUACAGUAACAUGUAGUGGACGAUCACGCCUCCAGCCUGAGCAAUGGGGUGCCCUGUCCUCCUGUUUCUGCUCCUGGCUUUCCUGAUGCCGGGGGUUGCCAUCCCCGUACCUCCAGCCCUAAGGGCUCUCAGCAACCUGCACUUGUCAACCAGCUUCACAUCCCAUCCCGCCGCAGUCGGGAACUACUCCAUUCACUACUUUGAACAGAAGGUUGAUCAUUUUGGAUUUAAGAUCGAUAAAACUUUUAAACAGCGUUACCUGUUAGCUGAUCAACACUGGCAGAAAGAGGGUGGAUCCAUACUUUUCUACACUGGUAAUGAAGGGGACAUUAUCUGGUUUUGCAAUAAUACGGGGUUCAUGUGGGAUGUGGCUGAGGAACUGAAAGCUAUGUUGGUGUUUGCUGAACACAGAUACUAUGGAAAGUCGCUACCUUUUGGUGCCAGCUCUUUCAAGGAUUCCAGACACUUGAAUUUUCUGACAUCAGAACAAGCUCUGGCUGAUUUUGGAGAGUUAAUCAAACACUUGAAAAGGAUAAUCCCAGGAGCUGAAAACCAACCUGUGAUUGCUGUGGGGGGCUCUUAUGGAGGCGUGCUCGCAGCCUGGUUCAGGAUGAAGUAUCCUCACAUGGUGGUUGGAGCUCUUGCAGCCUCUGCCCCUAUCUGGCAAUUUGAGGAUAUAGUACCAUGUGGUGCAUUUAUGGAAAUUGUAACUACAGAUUUUAGGAAAAGUGGCCCAAAUUGUUCUGAGAGCAUCCGCAGUUCCUGGGAUGCCAUUAAUCGACUCGCAAGAACUGGUACUGGCUUGGAUUGGCUUUCUGAAGGCCUUCACUUAUGUACUCCAUUAACAAAUUCUCAGGAUGUUCAGCGUUUGAAAGAUUGGAUCUCUGAAACCUGGGUACAUCUGGCAAUGGUGGACUACCCUUAUGAGUCUGACUUUUUACAGCCUUUGCCUGCGUGGCCAGUCAAGGUGGUAUGCCAGUAUUUGAGAAAUCCCCAUGUAUCAGAAAAAGAGUUGCUGCAGAAUAUUUUCCAAGCUCUGAAUGUAUAUCACAAUUAUUCAGGCCAGGCGAGAUGCCUGAAUAUGUCAGAGGCGGCAACUGGUAGUCUGGGAACCCAGGGUUGGAGCUAUCAGACCUGCACAGAAAUGGUCAUGCCCUUUUGUACAAACGGGAUUGAUGACAUGUUUGAACCUCACUCAUGGGACUUGAAGGAAUUUUCAGAUGAUUGUUUUAAACAGUGGGGUGUGAAACCAAGGCCUUCCUGGAUCACUACUAUGUAUGGAGGCAAAGACAUCAGUUCCCAUACGAAUAUCAUUUUCAGCAAUGGUGACCUAGACCCCUGGUCAGGAGGUGGAGUAACCAAGAACAUCACAGACACCUUGGUUGCCAUCACUAUCCCGGAUGGGGCCCAUCACCUAGAUCUUCGAGCCAGCAAUGCCUUUGAUCCCACGAGCCUGCUAUUAGCCCGCUCCUUGGAAGUUAAAUACAUGCAGCAGUGGAUCAGAGAUUUCUAUGCCAGUCUGAGAAACACGCGCUGAGAAAUUUUUGAUCAUUUUCAGUUUCUUCUUUUAUGUUCCUUCCACCCACAUUCCCAUUUACUUUGGUUUUCUACACAAAAUUACUUUCCCUUGUUUAUUAUUGGAUUUGGUGGGGCAAAGGCUGAGACAGAAGAGAGGGUGAUGGUGGAGACAGCAGCCAUUCCACACCCCAGAUCCUUGCCUUCUUUGACCACCUCUGGGGAGAAUCUCUUUGUGGCAGCUUUCCCUCCCUACCAGGGCCCUCAUAACUGCAGCAGGGUUCCUGCCUUUCACAAGAGGGGGAGUCCAUUCCUUUGUUUCUCUGCAAGCAGAGGUUUCUCUUGGUUUUCAGACUGAAGUCUCUUUGGCCCAUUUCUCAGUCCCCACCUUUGCCCUCCCAAAAGGAAAAGCAAAAAAUAAAGAUGAUAUAAAUGCAGCUGAUAGAAAGGAUGUCUGAUGCCAACCCAGGAAAAAGGAGUCAUUUCAUGUGUCCUUGAUUUAACAACUUAGAACUAUGCUGUAAAUAAAGAGUAAGGUGGUACCUUGUCCCUGUGUGCUGCUUCUGCAUCUCACUCCAGCUGUUGGGAUCACUGUGUGUGCUGGGCUUUGCUAGUUUUGGAAAGUCCUUUAAUUUUCUGUCUUCUACUUGGCAGCUUUUUUUUAGUUCUGGAAUAUUUGCCACUGUGGGACUGCCAUUUAGAAAUCUGGCCUCUUUUUGCUCCAUUUCUCUUUGUUUCUAAGGUCAGUUUUGUGGUAAUUUGGUUACAUUUUGUCAGUUUGGGAAAAUGACUAUUUUGUUUUUCCUUUUACAUUAGAGCAGGCUUUUAUAUGCUGUGGUCGCUGAUGAUACUUUCUUAAGAAUCCAUUAAAAAUCGAUGAAUCAAGUAUUCAAAAUGUAGACUGUAGUUAUGUUCAACUUUUUAAAAAAAAUUUUAUUUCCUAGUGGUUGAUGCUGCUGCCAUUGAAGCCAGAAGUGUCAGGACAUUAAGAGGCAGGUGCACGAGAACUUUCUGUGUGGCUCCAAAAGGCAAGCUAAUUCAUGCGGGCAGCAUAUUUGACAUUAAUAAGUGACUGAGCCCUUGCUAUUUCCAAAGGGUUGGCUUCUUUCAAGCAGUUCUUACACUGAAACCUUUCUUCAGAAGAGCUUUUCUAGGAUAACAAAUAUGGAUAGCAAACCUUUCAGGGACACAGAGAGAGAUUCUAUUCUGUUGAAAGAUUUCUUCCCUCUGUUUUUAAAUUUUCUUAAAAAAUUUGUUUUCACCCUUUGUUUUCUGUUUUAGAAAAUUUACUCUCAUCUCAAUCUUUUCUAGAACACUUAUUUUAUACAAAGCAAAUUACUGGAUGAGAAACUGAAAUAAUUCCCUUAUUUUCCCUGGUAUCUGGGAGGCACAGAAUAAUCUUCAGUUUCAGAAACCUGUGGUUCUCAUUGUAAUGAGUUGCCCAUCAAAGCAUUUGGUCACUGUUUUCAUUUCAACACCAGAGAAAAGUCUACUGGUGUGGGAAUUUAAGGGUUAAAACAACACUAGUUUCUAGUUUUUAUUCCUUUGCAAGGAAAAAGUUACAUAAUGCUGGUUUUAUGGGCUUAAUAGAGGAUAUUCUUACUAUUUUAGGAUACUAUUGAUUUUGAGAUAUUUUCCUUGAAACCUUUUUACUUGCUUAAAAUCUUUAAAAUAUUUUGCUAUUUCAUUUAAUAUUAAAUCUGCUGAUGAGCUAUAUUUUUGUGAAGAGAAAAAUUGCCAAAAAUGUCUAUUGUUUUUGCAAUUAUAAUUUGGUUUUAUGUUUUUCUUUAUGUACAUUUUUUGACAGAUGGCAACCUUAAUUAAAGUUAACCUAAUUAUGAUAUGCUGAAAUUUAAUUUUAAACUGAAGAAUUAGAACAUCAAAUAAAUCUUAUUGAAAGCAUCUCUCUAAUAGAUAAUGCUUUUGAAAGAUCAGGAAAGAAAGAGAAUUGAGGUGGUUUUUAUCUUCUGAUUUUUACUUUAACUACUUAGAGUCAAUGGGUAAAACUGAGGAAAAUUGAGGAUCUUUCUUAAGGGUUCUGUAGAGUCAAGAGAUUAUCCAGAGGAGCCAGUGUGUAGUCUAGCAUAUUAGAGAGUGAAGACACCCCGGAUAUCCAGGCCAACCCCAUCGUUUGUAGGUGGAUGGCACUGUGGCACAGAGAGAAGGAAUUGUGUAAGGCCUCCCUCACAGCUCAUUUUUGGCUGAACCAGACCUUGAAUCCAGGUUUGUUUGUUGUUUUCUCUUUAUUGGUGUAGCUUAAUCUUUGUUUGGAUACAAUAAACAACCUCACUGAGCCAGCUUAAGCAAGAAAGGGACCUUAGUGAAACUUCAGAGUUAGCCCCAGGACUUGGGUAACCAGGGGUCAUGAGUCAAUGGACCUGGGGUCUGGAAAGUCAUUCAAAGUCCAGACUGCCAUUUCGCUUUCUCUCGCCUUGAGCAGAGGUCACCAGUUGUCAGCCUGUGGGUAGAUUUGUUUCUGAGCUGUUUAUAGCUUGUUUAGCAGUCUACAGUGUGCAUGUGCAUCACAAUUACCUAAAGGCCUUGUUAAAACAUUGAUUGCUGAGGCCCACCCCAGAGUUUGUAAUAAAUAAAUCUUAGGGUGGAUCUUGGGAAGUUGCGUCUCUAACAAUUUCCUAGGUGAUGAUGCUAUGGAAUCACACUUUGAAAACCAGUAGAUGAAGGAAUUCUGAUUUUCAUUUUCUUCAGACAGGGCAUGUCCCUUUAGUUCACCUCACUCCUGUUGUCCUGCCUGACCCCUUUUGAGUCUGGAAGCCCUGCCUAGCAUUUCUCUUCCCAUUGCUGCUUCAUGCUGUCUGCAGACCAAUUUUCUCUUCUUUGCUUGCUCGGGGCCCAUGAUGACUUCCCAACAUGGUGUCAUCAGGCCCCAGAAGCUGCACCUCCUCACAUACCCACAACUCUGAGGUGGUUAGGGAGGGACAAGUUCAUAAAAACAUGAGGUCAGAAAUCACUGUUUGGGAUAUACUCUUUGGACAGUUCAGGCAACUCAAUAUGGAUUUAUUACAGUAUAUCUGGGAUCACAAGUAUCCAAAAAUAUUCUAAUGGCUUAUGCAGUAAAGAGAUUCAUAGUUAAGUAAGUUUGGAAAAAUAACAGGUUAAACAAAUUUAAAUAGCUUUUUUUAAUCUGUAAAUAUACAUUGUACCUCUACAAAAUGGCAACUGAGAAUGCAACUUUUCCUACUUUUUUUUAUAUGUACGCCAGGCAUGAAUGGCUCCAGCCACCAAUAUAUUACUGUAUCCUAGCUUUGAUGGUACCUGCUUUGUACCUGAGUGAUGCAAGAGUAACUCUACCAAUCAGGUAUCUUCUUGCCCAUUGCCAGGGGGUUUGUCACACUCUUACUUACAGAACUACAAAGCAUACAGCAUUGGUCUAGAACCUGGAAACUACAGUGGUAAAAAAA